AUGUCGGAGGUUGUGGUGGUGUGCAGAGAUAUUCCUGGUCAAUGUGCCAAGAGUCAAGUGCCACCGACGGAUCCUACAAAUGCUGCCAUCCCCAACCCAUUACCCCGGCCCAGCCUGACAGACGUAGUAAAGCUGGUUGCCAUGGAAUCCUCUGCAGCGCAGUGCAAAGUGGACACAACAUCGGGGCCAGGCGCAAACUUCCCUCUGGAGCAGGAGUGUCGCGACGUGAAUUUGCUAGCUCAAGGUGGGGCAGAUGACACUGAGCUUAGUCCUUCAACUGUCUACACUGCUGCGUUCGGCAUUCUCAGCGGGAAAUCCUUUGCACUCUCUGCGCAGACUCUGAUUGAUGAAUUCAAUGGCCACAGUACUAUCCAAUCCGCAAGUACUUUUAGUGAUUUGAAUGACAGGGAGCUUCAGGUCACUCAGGCGGACGGUUCCGGCGUGUUCGAUUUAUUCCUUCCAACGGUGCAGGCUCCCGGACAGCCACGGACUCUGGAAAAUUCACAAGUUGACGUCACGCUUCCUUACCUGGAAACAUUGGGCGAUUUACGGCUGAGGUAUUUCUUCGACACGGGCGGCCAUGUAGAUACUGUGGAGAGAUUUAUUCGUCCUCCGAAUCAGGCUACUGAUAGGUUCUUUCCAUUUCCCUUAAAACAGACGGUGUGCAGAGAUAUUCCUGGUCAAUGUGCCAAGCGUCAAGUGCCACCAACGGUGCCUCCAAACGUUUCUGUACCCGACCCAUUACCUCAGCCCAGCCUGGCGGAAUUAGCAGCGUUGUUCGGCAUACAAUCAUCCGCUGCACAGUGCCCAGUGGACACAACUGCAAGGCCGAGCCCAAACUGCAUACCAGUAGAGGAUUGCAGCAAGGUGGCUCAACCGGCUAAAGAUGGAGCAGGUGAUACUGGGCGUAGUCCGCGGCCACGUCCAGUUGCAGCUCCCCACCACUCUGCCGCCUACAGUGUUUUUAGCAAGAACUCCUUCAGACAGUCCGUGCAUGUAGUAAUACUAAUAGUGUUAUCUUGGAUGUGUGUGUACCUGUUGUGUACUGCAUGGUUUCAUUGACACAUUACACUGUCUCUUCUCUAUAAUUUUUAUUCUAGAACAAGUCAAGUUUGCAUGCAUCCGCGCUAUUAAUACAUCCAGUCCAGACGACACUUCACAUACGUUGAUUGUGUGGAUGCAUGCGAACUAGACUUGUUCUAGAAUUUUGUUUCGCCUCCAACUUCCGUUGCAAUCUUCUCGAUAUCUCUAUUUAUUUAUAUCACCUGCCUGGUGUAGAUUGUCCUGUCUCAUCUCUAUGUCCGGACAUUAGCAUCCAUUAUUACAUCCCUCUUGUAGUAAUUUUCAUAGUCUGGGUGCUGAUAAGCCCUUCCAAUUUUCUCCCCUCUUUCUUUCCUCUUUCACCGUCUUUCAUCCCUCAAGCAUUACCUACUCGUCAGUUUUGGAGAGUCGCUACUUGGACUCUUCGUUCUUUUCGUCUAGUUUAUUGCGAAACUUGCUCGGUUGAUGUUUGUGCUGUUUUAGAAAACUAACGUUAAAAUGAUUAUUGACGAA